AUGACUUCAUUGCCCAACUGGUCUUCGUGCCCGCGCCUGCGCAUGCUAGGCAUCAAGGACAACAGCCUCACCAGUGUGGAUGGGUGCCUGCUGCCGGACUGCUUGGAGUGGCUCAUUGCAGCUGGGAAUCAGAUUGCAGAGUUGCCCAACAUUGGCCGUCUUGGCAAAGUUCGGAAGCUGAUGCUCAGCCACAACAGGCUCACCUGCAAGGCGCUGUCGUCCGUGGCUGGGAUGGCCUCGCUGGAGAUGAUCCGCGUUGCUGCAAACAUGCUGGAGGAAUUCCCUUCGGUGCUCUUGAAGCAUCCACGGCUGGCCUGGGUUGCAGUUGGGGGUAACCCCUUUGCCGAAGGGGCCCUGUCUCGACACCUCGCGGAGGGGCCACAAAGCUUGGACUUCAGCGAGGUCACGUUGGGAGAGAAGCUUGGAAGCGGUGCGGGCGCAACUGUCCACGAGGGAACCUGGCGGGAGCGGAAAGUUGCGGUGAAGAUAUGGGAUUCGGAGUGCUUCUCGGAUGGAACUGCGCGAACGGAAUGGGCCGCCAAUCGUGUGGCUUCGCAGCCAGGUCAUCCCUGCUUGGUAGCGGUCUUCGGCACCUUCGAAGAGCCCCGACGUGGCAUGGUUCUGGAGCUCUUGGAGGGGGCGAAAGCGGCUGCCGGCCCGCCGACAUUCCAGACGGUGACGCGUGAUGCCCUGCCAUGCCACGGCGGUCCUGGUCCCACCUACUCCGUCACGGCCGCACGCCGUAUUGCUGCCCACGUCGCCGCUGCGGGCGCGUACCUUCACAGCAAGGGCUUGAUGCAUGGCGACAUUUACCUACACAACACACUGGUGGUGCUGGAUGGCCUCAAGGACGCGUCUGCAGUGAAGGACGUGCGGUUAUCUGACUUUGGCGCUGCGGCUGCCGUUGACGAUCCCGACUUGAGGAGGCUGGAGGUGAGAAGCUUCGGCUGGCUGCUGCAAGACUUGCUGGAGAGCCACGCCGAACCACGGAACGACGGGGAAGUAGCGACGCUGGAGCUCAUGAAGGAGAUCCGCGUGCGCUGCGGGAGCAUGGAGCCCCAGGAGUUGCCCUGCUUCGAGGGGAUCCUCCAGCAGCUUCAAGGCUGA